UUCGGGUGUCUCGAGGACGCUCGCCCCGAUGUCUACGCCCCCCGGAGGCAUGGCUUCUUCGGCUUCUCCCAUCGUUUCGGCGGCUCCGGGUGGCCUCGUCAACCACGCGGAAGCACAGGGACCUUCGGGACAGCCCCGGGCCCGCCACGGUGGAUCGAGUACGCUUGUGCCCACCGCGCCCCCUCCGGACCCCUCGCGACGUUCCCCUACGGAGCACCAACGUCGCACGGUGCUGACUGCACCACCGUUGUCGAGCGCAAGUAACGGUUUCCCAAAAUCGGAAGGUUCAUGUUCUUUGUCACGAAGUAGCGGUCCCGAGCCUCCCGCGGCCGCUGGCCAUGUUGGUCGAGCGCCCGCGAUGAAGGCUGCUUUUAAUGAACAGGCCUACGCCGACGUUUUGCGCGAAAACGCCCGCGUAGACCGCUUGGUUUCGCACGCUUCUGCGGCUGGUUCACCGCUUUUGCCUGCUUCUCCUCGUAGCUCACAAUCCGGCCCGCCUUCGGGUGGCACCCAGAUUGUCUUGCCGGUUGCCGGUGCCAUUUCCCUUGAUGAUAUUUCUUCGGGGAAAGUAAGCGCACCCGCGCGGCAGGCCCCUGUUUUUAAUGGAAGUCAGGAAUAUUACAACGAUGAGGUUUUCCUCUUUUGGAAACCGCCGUCCUUUCUGUAUUAUUGGACGCCCUGUGAAUUCACGGUCCAUGGCAUUCGCUACGUGUGCGGCGAACAGUUCAUGAUGGCGGAGAAAGCCUGCAUUUUCGGCGAUGAUGCCGCUUAUGCCAAAAUCAUGUCUACCUCCGACCCGAGGGAACACAAGUCCCUUGGUCGCAGGGUACGCCGUUUUGACCAUGCCCUCUGGGAGCUCCGACGCGAGGAUGUCGUCUUUUCGCUUUUGUAUGCAAAACUGGCCCAAAAUGCUGACGCGCGCGAACGUUUGUUAGCUACGGGUGACAAACAGAUGGCGGAGGCUAGCCCUCAUGACGGAUUGUGGGGCAUUGGUGUUGAUGCCUUCGAUCCGCGUGCGGCGUCGCCCUCCAAGUGGACUGGUAAAAACCUCUUGGGCAAAGCGUUUGUUGCGACGCGCACGCUUAUGCGUGUGCGACCAGUCGAACCCGAUAAGCCUUUACGCCCUGAACACUCGGGGCAAUCUGCCCCCGUGUGUCCCACUAUACACGAAAUUGCACCCCCGGGGGAGGAUUCUUCAGCUGACGAUCCCCCUUCCGAGGACGCGCGUGGCCCCUUGGGCGUGCCAGCGAACACGCCCUCGGACCACUCGAAACAGGUGCUGCACAUUGCCUCUGCUGCUUUUCGCGAAGCCGCCGCUUCCCCACCGCCCUGUUGGCGGAACACGGUCCAGAUUUGCCUUGGCCAACAACCGCCGCCGCGUGUUGACCACAUCAUCAAUCCACUGCACAAGGGCAAAGUGUUUUCUUUUCUCGAUCUAAAGUCCGCUUUCCACCAGAUCACAAUCGAGGAGGGCACGGUUCAGCUUACGGCGUUUUGCACGCCCACACAACUUUUCGAGUGGCUCCGUGUGCCUCAGGGAAGCUCCGUUGCACCGUCAUGGUUCAAUAUGAUCAUCAACGAAGAAAUUAAAGGCCUCGACCAUGUGCUUGCGUACCUAGACGAUGUGGUUGUGUUUGACGCCGACCCCGUCGAAGCCCUCACACGAAUGCCGCUGCCUAAUAACGUCAAGCAGCUGCUUUCUUUGCUGGGUGGGCUUUCGUAUUACCGCAAAUUCAUCAAGGGUUUGGCCGUGCGCGCUAAACCACUCACCGACCUUUUGCAUAAGGAUGCGAAGUUUUGUUAUACGCCGGCUAUGGCGAACACUGUCAAAGAAUUCUUGGUGAAACUGUCCGAACCUCCGGUUUUGGCUUUCCCGGAUUGGGACGCUGUCGCGAAUGUCAGCCGCCCUCUCCGGCUUUGCUGUGACGCCUGUGUGGAUGGUUUUGGUGCGGAACUUGAACAAGAACAGGCCGAUAGUUCCGCUCGCCCCACUCUGUUCGUUAGCCGCGCUACGCUCGGAUCCGAGCGCAAUUGGACCGUGCUCGACUUGGAGGCUGGAAGUAUCUUGUGGGCAAUCAAACGCCUGCGCGGUUGCUUUUGGUCUACGCACUUUCUGAUUUAUUCGGACCAGAAGGCUUUGGAAAGCACCGUCAAGGUGGGUGGACACAAUGCCCGUUGGCUCGAGUUCCUUUCCUCGUUCAAUUACACCCUUGUCUACCGCAAAGGCACUGCCAACGCCAAUGCGGAUUUUCUUUCCCGGUUGCCCUUGCCGGCAACCGAAGCGGAUAGACACGGUGACACCAGUAUCGCAGUCGAUGACGUCUCGGGCGUUCAUCUCAUUCGUGCGUGCGGACGGAGUUGA